UCAUCGAACCGUCGAAUAUUCUAUUCUUCCAUUUUCUUGAUUCCACCUAUACAUACAUACAUACACACAGGAAUGUAUUAUGUGUAUAGGCCUACACUCUUCCACCUUCUGCUCCUUCCUGAAUUUCCCAUUUUGCUUAUAAACUAUCGUCGGGAUGAAGUUCUGGAAGAUUCUAAGGAAACUUUUGGAUGAGAUAUUUCCGGAUUGGCAGGACAAGUUUAUAUCUUACAAAGAUUUGAAGAAGCAGCUGAAAUUGAUUCCUCCUGUGACGGAAUCAUCCAAAAAUCUUGUGGAUGAUGAUAAUGAGAGGUCGGACAAACGGCCCAGAUUGGGAGAUGAUCGGAUGGAGGAAGGGGAUGAGGGGAAGGAGGUGACGAAUGAGAUGAAAGAUUUUGUGAAGCUUUUGGAAGGGGAGAUCAAGAAGUUUAAUGGGUUCUUCGUGGAUAAAGAGGAAGAGUACAUUAUCAGAUCUAAGCUGCUCAAAGACGACGUUGCUGAGGCUAAGGAUUCAAAAGAAGAGCUUAUGAAAGUUGGAAGAAUGCUCGUAGAUUUUCAUGGAGAGAUGAUUUUGUUGGAAAACUACAGUGCUCUAAACUACACAGGGCUGUUGAAGAUUUUGAAGAAGUAUGACAAGAGAAGUGGUGAUCUAAUUCGAUUGCCUUUCAUCCAAAAGGUUCUACACGAGCCAUUCUUUAGGACUGAAGUAAUAAAUAAACUAGUGAAGGAGUGUGAGAUUAUGAUUCAUUGCAUCUUCUCGCGGCACGAGCAGUUGGCCCCACCUGAAGACAAUGAACAGAAAGAAGGAUGUAUUGACCAGCCAGUGGCUGAGGAAGAGACGGAAAAACUCAGAGUCCCUGAAGAACUUGCGGAAAUUAAAUGCAUGGAGAACAUGUAUUUGAGGCUUACAAUAUCAGCUUUGCGGACCCUCAAGGAAAUCAGAAGCGGAAGCUCCACUGUGAACAUGUUCUCUUUGCCACCUAUGCAAGGUGGUGAGUUGGAUGAAUCUGUGAAGUAAACUCCGGUUGUAAAGCAAGAAGCCAAGCGUUGUGAUAAUGUAGUUAGGAUUUGGGGACAUACACCUAACAGAUGUUCCCUAGUGUUACAUAUGAGGCAAACGUUAUUACAGCAAGAAAGUUUUUGGGUAGCUGGUUGCUGUUAUAGAGUCGCAAGCUAAAGCUCUGGCAAACAUGAGAUGUGGAUGAUGUUGAUGUAUAGUAUGACAUUGCCAAAGAUGCAUAGUUCCUUAUUAUUUGUUUCAAGGUAUAAUAUUAACUGAUGGUGCAUGAAAUAUUUCCCAAGAUUGAUUCAUCAAA